CCUUGCCGGGUAGCCUGUUAUGUAGUGGACAGCACACAUAUUUCUGGCUGUGCCACUCAAUGCAAUUGUAAGAUGUGUGAACUUCGGUAUUGUUCAAAAUAGAAGUAUCACUGUUGCCUUAUCUCGUCCAGAGACCCCUAGAUCAGACAGUCUUUGUUUUUUGUUCAACAUCUAGAUUUCGUCGGAUGGUAAAAUGGAUCGCGCCCUCCUGGUUUUAUAUGGAAGCCAGACUGGGACAGCCCAGGACACGGCGGAGCGAAUAGGACGGCAAGCCCAGAGAAGGCGGAUGAAAGUCCGAGUUGAGGCCCUUGACAGUUACAAUGUGGUUGGCUUGAUUUCUGAAUCUUUGGUGGUGUUUGUGUGUUCGACCACCGGUCAAGGUGACCCUCCAGACAACAUGAAGAACUUCUGGAGGUUUCUCUUCAGGAAGUCUUUGCCUGUUGGUUCUUUGUGUCGCCUAGACUGUGCAGUGUUGGGUCUCGGAGACUCCUCUUAUCCUAAGUUCAACUUUGUUGCCAAAAAACUCUUAAAGCGUAUGUCACAGCUUGGUGCCAAUGCUCUGUUGCCAGUGGGACUAGCAGAUGACCAGCAUGACUUGGGGGCAGAUGCAGUGAUUGAUCCUUGGCUCAAAGCAUUCUGGGAAAAAGCACUGGCUCUGUAUCCCCUCCCAGCAGGACAGAGCCUUAUUAAAGAUGCGGAACCACUUCCACCACGCUAUGCAUUCCAUUUCCUGGACACCAUCACGGAUGAGUCGAACUGUCGCUUGAAUGCACAGGUGGACUCUGGGCCUCCCUCCUCCACUCACCCAUUCCCAGCCAGGGUGGUGUUCAAUCACAGGGUCACAAGCCCCUCCCACUUCCAGGACGUGAGGCACAUAGAAUUUGACAUUAGCGGCUCAAACAUUCAGUUCAGUGCUGGGGAUGUGGUGAUGAUGCGGCCCUGUAAUGCCCCAGAGGAUGUGGACGAGUUCUGCCAGCUGCUACGUCUGGACCCUCAGAGCCAGUUCACUCUGCAGCCCACAGACACCAGCACAGCAGUGCCCAGCCGACUGCCCCAGCCCUGCUCCGUACGGCAUCUGGUGGAGCACUUCCUGGACAUCGCCGCCGUACCUCGCCGCUCCUUCUUCGAGCUGCUCGCCACCUUCGCCACCAACGAGCUGGAGAGGGAGAAGCUGGCCGAGUUCAGCUCGGCGCAGGGACAGGACGAGCUGCACGCCUACUGCAACCGGCCUCGCCGCACAGCACUGGAGGUGUUAGCGGACUUUCCCCAUACAACGGCAGAGCUGAAGGUGGAUCACCUGCUGGAUCUGUUCCCUGAGAUUCAGCCACGGUCCUUCUCCAUAGCCUCAUCCCUACUGGCCCAUCCCAACAGAGCCCAGAUCCUGUUGGCAGUGGUGCGCUACAGAACCAUAAUGCAGAAACCACGCAGGGGGCUGUGCUCCUCCUGGCUGGCCUCUCUGGACCCAUCUCAAGGUGAUGUGUAUGUGCCGUUGUGGGUUAAGAAGGGAAGCAUGAAAUUCCCGAGGGAUCCUGACACUCCUGUGAUCAUGGUGGGCCCAGGAACUGGAGUGGCACCGUUCAGAUCAGCACUUCAGGAGAGGAUCAGUCAGGGAAGAACAGCCAAUGUGCUUUUCUUUGGCUGCCGCUCCGAGUCGAAGGACUUCUACUGCCACUCUGAGUGGGAGGAGAUGGUGAGGGCUGGACAGCUCAUCCUGUCUACAGCAUUCUCCAGGGACCAGGAAGACAAAAUCUAUGUACAACACCGAGUAAGGGAACAAGCAAAGCUCCUAUGGGACCUCAUAGCUAACAAAAAUGCAUGUUUCUACAUAGCAGGCAAUGCCAAGCAGAUGCCAACAGGAGUGUGUGAUGCCUUGAAGGAGGUGUUUCAGGCAGAGGGGGGCGUGUCUGACUCUGAGGCUCAGGAAAUGCUGGAUGUCCUGGAGAAGUCCGGGCGCUUCCAGAGUGAAACAUGGUCUUAAGGGAUCCCCCUCCGGCACCCCAAGCCUUUUCCAAAUGAGCCGGGUUUAUUUUGAGAACUCCAUUUAUCAAGCGGUGACCCCCUUACUGAAACUGUCAUGAAGCCAUCAGUCCUUAAAAUAUUCUCUGCCAAGACCACAGAGCCUAUUAGGUAUAACAGAAAUCUGAGCCACUAAACCACCAAAACCUUUACUACCUGUUCCUGUGGUGUAGAUUAACCACAAAGCCCAUUCUAUGAAUUCUUGUAUUGUAUAUGGCCUUAAUGAUGCAUACUGUAAUACUUGGUAUCUUGGCAAAUUGAAGUUCAACAAACCAACAAACAUAUAUUCCUUCCAGACAGUCACAAGGACUUACAUGUGGUGCUUAAUUGCAGUCAAUUGUAAUAUUCUGUAAAUACUGAGAAAUUAUCAUACCUUUAUUAUAGCCCAAUGGCUUUUUAUGAAUGACUCUCUACAGACUUAAACUUAUUGUAACCGAGUCUUCAACUGAUAAAGAUUAUAAUCGAAUAAAUUAACUGCUGCUUUGGAAAACAUACACUAGAUUUCAUUAUGCAACACUUUCAUGUUCAGGUCAACAAACUGUAUGUUCAGAGAAAACAAACAACUUCAGUAUUUCUUCAAAGAUGUAUAUUUUACACAUUCACACACUUUCAGAACGCACACACACAAACAUCACAAAAUAUAAAUAUGUUACAGCAUUUCAUGUCAUCCCUCUCCUGUCCUUGCGCAGACAAAAGUGUACUGACGCCAAAUGUCACUGCAUCCUCUUUCUCACUGAAUAGCAAAAGACUGAUUGGAAGAGUUCACUUGCCUGUAGUUUGAUUGGAUUAUCUGUCUUUCUGAAUAAAAAUAGCUUUAAAAACGUGCA